AUGCAAAGAACUUCUGAUUCGCGGAAGAAGUCUUUUAAGAAACCGCCGACAACAUCUCAAUCGAUACCUAUACUUCCAUCGAAUCCUAUAAUUCAGACACCUGAACAUCCAGGUUGUUGGCGUAUAAUUAAGAAUGAAAUGAACAUAUCUUCUUCGAGCCCAACAGAACAUCAAAAUCAACCAUCAAUAAACUAUUGUAAUAGUGUGUUUUUAAUAAAUCAUCAUAAUUAUACAAGAUUAUCUUUUCAAAAUUAUAAUAAACGAAUAGAACCGUUAAUGAUCAAGUAUGGUCUUAGACAAGAAUUAAAUCCUUUAGAAGAUGGUGAAAUCAAUGGAAGUGACAAUGAUGAAAAUGAAAAAGUUUCUAUAAAUGAAGAUAAAGAAACAACACACGCCACAACUUUAGUAAAAACAAUAAGAAAAAAAUUCGAUAAAAAACCAUUUUCUCGUGUUCAAUUUGAUAAUAAAUCACGAAUAACUAAGCGUAGACGAAGAACAAAUAAUAGAGCUGGAAAAAAUUAA